CGGCGUCUUUGAGCCGAUGGGGCGUCGCGUCGGCUGCCGUCGUGUCGGGAUUGGAAUGUUAGCGACCAACAAUCGGAACAACUGAGCACUCGGUAAUUGGACACUAGGAUCAAGGAAUCCCGUCUUUUUGAACAUUUUCUCAGCUAUUUAGUCAGUCUGAGGUCACCGUUUGUUACCCGCGUGUCUUCCGGAUAACUUCGCCUGCCGUGCGGCUCUUCGCCGACGAGCUUUUUAUUGAAUAAGAGCGCGUAUGUGGGGAGGUUGUAAUAAAUAAGAGAAAUGCAGGGAUUCGUCAGGUUACAGUUGUGCCGCUGAGCUUCCUCCUGCGCUACGACGAGUCCCCGGUUUUCUUUUCUCCGCUUCUCCUCACACGGGACCAUGGAGCAAUAAAAAGGGGAAAAGGAGGGGGUGUGUGGGAGAAUCAGACGAAUUCACCCAGAGGUAUUUGGAUACACGCGUGGUGGCCGUACCGAUGUGUUUUUACACUGCCCGGUCAGCGUGUUGCCGAGUUUAACAUCCAAUCCGGGCUGUACCUUUACGUCUGGGAGAGCCUCGGGGACCCCAGCCGCUGUUUAUCCGGGAGGACGGAGUUCCCAGGCGGCUGUCUGACAGUUUUCCAUUUCAAUAGCCCCCCACCCUCCGUGCAGCCAGGCUGAAUGAGGGUGAGAAGAAGUGCAGGAGAGAAGAGUGGCUGCAUAUGAUUGUGUCCGAGAGGGUCCGGUGAGCGCUGAUCUUUGUAGGUGCACCAGAGCCCGGCUGCUAGGCGUUGUGCGAUAUGGUGAAACUCUACAGAAGAGGGAGAAAGGGACAAGACUUCUAAAAUCGCCCACAUGCACUGGACCAAUUGCUGGAUUUGGGAACCGAAUACGCAGAAGGGGGGUUGGGGAUCCUUGGAGGCUGCCGGAGGAUGGAGCGGUGUAGUCAGGGACACAUGCAGGCCAAAAAACGUUACCUGAUCCUGCUCUCCGCCGGUGCGUGUCUAGUGCUUCUCUUCUACCUCGGAGGGGUUCAACUUCCAGCGGCGAGCAGGAGUCGGCAUGACCGCAGCAGAAACGGGCACCGGCCCGAGCAGCCCUGGCCUCACUUCUCGGACCCUUUACAUCUUUUCCUGCCCUGGGAUCAGACCGACACCGAGGACUACAACCUGCACAUAUCUCCGAGGCAGAAGAGGGACAUCAACACAAGUGUUUACAAAGGCAAAAGGUGUCGCAUGGAUUCCUGCUUUGACUUUUCUCUGUGUCGAAAGAACGGAUUCAAAGUUUAUGUUUACCCCCAGCAGAAGGGGGAGAAGAUCUCAGAGAGUUACCAGAAUAUUUUAUCGACCAUCGAGGGGUCCAGGUUUUACACCUCGGACCCUGGACAGGCAUGUUUGUUCGUUCUAAGUUUGGACACUCUGGACCGGGACCAGCUGUCCCCUCAAUACGUCCACAACCUGAAGACCAAGGUCCAGAACCUGCCCCUGUGGAACGACGGCAGGAACCACCUUAUAUUUAACUUGUACUCGGGGACGUGGCCGGACUAUACGGAAGAUUUGGGCUUCGACAUCGGUCAAGCCAUGCUGGCCAAAGCCAGCAUCAGCACCGAGAACUUCAGGCCCAACUUUGACGUGUCCAUCCCCCUCUUCUCCAAGGAGCACCCGCGUACGGGUGGAGAGAGGGGGUACCUCAAGUACAACUCCAUCCCGCCUUUCAGAAAAUACAUGCUGGUGUUCAAGGGGAAGCGCUACCUGACCGGCAUCGGCUCGGACACAAGGAAUGCCUUAUAUCACGUUCACAACGCCGAGGACGUGGUGCUGCUCACCACCUGCAAGCACGGCAAAGACUGGCAGAAGCACAAAGACGCACGGUGCGACAAGGACAACGCAGAGUAUGACAAGUACGACUACAAGGAGAUGCUCCACAAUUCCACUUUCUGUUUGGUGCCCCGCGGCAGACGGCUGGGCUCCUUCCGCUUCCUCGAGGCGCUGCAGGCUGCAUGUGUACCAGUGAUGCUGAGUAACGGCUGGGAGCUGCCUUUCUCCGAGAUCAUCGACUGGAACACGGCCGCAGUCAUCGGCGACGAGAGGCUCCUGCUGCAGAUUCCCACAACGGUGCGCUCCAUCCACCAGGACAAGAUCCUGUCCCUCAGACAGCAGACUCAGCUCCUCUGGGAAGCCUACUUCUCCUCUGUGGAAAAGAUUGUUCUGACCACCCUGGAGAUCAUUCAGGACCGUGUACUAGAGCACGCCUCCAGGAGUAGCCUGAUGUGGAACAGUCACCCUGGGGGCCUGUUCGCUCUGCCGCAGUACUCUGGAUACCUGGGAGACUUCCCCUUCUACUACGACACACUGGGUAUUAGACCGUACCCGAAGUUCACAGCUGUCAUCCAUGCCGUCUCCCCUCUGGUGUCCCAAUCCCAGCCCAUACUCAAGCUCCUGGCGGCCGUGGCCAAGUCCCAGUACUGUGCACAGAUCAUCGUCCUGUGGAACUGUGACAAGCCUCUCCCCGCAAAGCACCGCUGGCCCGCCACCUCAGUGCCCGUCAUCGUGAUAGAGGGAGAGAAUAAGGUGAUGAGCAGCCGCUUUUUGCCCUACGAGAUCAUUGUGACCGACGCUGUCCUCAGCCUGGAUGAAGACACAGUUUUGUCCACCACUGAGGUGGACUUUGCCUUCACUGUCUGGCAGAGUUUUCCAGAGCGAAUCGUCGGUUACCCCGCCCGCAGCCACUUCUGGGACAGCAACAAGGAGCGCUGGGGCUACACCUCCAAAUGGACCAACGACUAUUCGAUGGUCCUGACUGGGGCUGCCAUCUAUCACAGGUAUUAUCACUUCCUGUACACCAACUACUUGCCCACCAGCCUGAAGAGCAUGGUGGACCAGUUAGCCAACUGUGAGGACAUCCUGAUGAACUUCCUGGUCUCUGCUGUCACCAAGCUGCCGCCCAUCAAGGUCACACAGAAGAAACAGUACAAGGAGACCAUGAUGGGACAGUCUUCAAGGGCUUCUCGCUGGGCUGACCCAGACCACUUCGCCCAGCGGCAGACCUGCAUGAACAAGUUCGCCAGCUGGUUUGGCGCCAUGCCACUGGUCCAUUCCCAGAUGAGACUGGACCCCGUCCUGUUUAAGGACCAGGUCUCUAUCCUCCGCAAGAAAUACAGGGACAUCGAGAGGCUCUGACAAGACCGCCGCCCCCUCGGGGGAGACCCUACGCAGGGGGAAAGAGACUCUGUGGAGAUUAGGAGUCAUCAGAGUACAGGGGGAUGGACAGGGAGAGACACAGGUCUGUCUUCCACUCAGCACAUUGCCAAUGACCAGAGCGCCGCUGCUGGAAAGACUCGAUGAGGAAAGGGAUAAACGGGAAACGAGCGUAGGCCGUUUGGGUGUGAAAAAAGCAAAGAGAGUACACAAACUGACGGGCUUACCAAACAGUACUGUGUUUCACACAUGUGCAAACACGCAGCACGCACUACUGACGACAAGAACUCUUGGAUAGAAUAUUUUUUGUAUGACACGGACGAGGACGACAUCGUCUUUCCUGCUCUUUCGGCACAUGUGCGGGGCGAUGGUAGAAGACAGGAAGGUGUUUGUGAUCUCAAACCUGGCAACCCAACCUGCUGUCCCAAGCAACCUUCCCUACUCUGGAUCAGGACAUAAUACUGGACUCAUUACCAAACUCCUGCUUUGUAAACCCAUGAAUAUUUUGUUGCCUCAAGUUAAAAAACAAACAUUGUCCAAUCUGUCCUUUUUUUUUUUAGCAGCCAUUACUUCCUAAUAUUCUCAGCAGUUGACAAACACCCCGCGUCUCCUACCCUUGGCUCCUUCCUUUAUGAGUUGAUCUGGCUUUUAUAAUGGUCUAUCUGCUCCCGUGUUAUCACAAAGAUAAGUUAGGAAAACAUCUCAUUUCAUGUCCCAUUUUCCUCUCGUACUCGCCACAGCAGUUGUACUUUUCUCAUCUUUUUUCCCCACUUACUUUCAUCAUCUUUUAUCCCCUCC